AAGAGAGUUGAGCCACUUAACUUUGCUUUGCAAAACCACCAACAGAUAACUAAAUCCAUCAACUAACCUAAAAUCCAACAAUUUCCAAAAAAAAAUCAUUAAUAAUACCCUUUAUCUUUCAUUUUCCUCCAAAUCCAACAUAUCAAAUUCCCAUAAAAUGAGCCAAAAAAAUCUCAAAUUUGUGACUUAGAUGAUGAGCAAAACUUCCACUAUUUUACAAUCAACCAAUCAAAGAACACUAAAGAGUUCUUCAAUGGAUUCAAUAACAUUCCCAAAAGAUUUGGCCUUUCAUCUUUAUCAAAGAUUAAGCCAUACAACCAGCAAGAUCCAAAGAACCCUUAUUUUGUAUCUUCUUAUAAUCCUACUUUCUCUCUCUUCUCUCUACAUUCUCAUCUCAAACUCAAUCGAUUUCAUCUGGGUAUUUGCUUUUUUUGCUGUUCUUGUUCUAGCUUUAGCUCUACCCCACAUCCCACAACCCAGAAUUUUUACCCCCCAAUUUCAACUUUCUGUAAAAAAUCAAACCCUAAAUUCCUCAAAUCCUGUUGUUUGGACAAUUGGGUCAAACCCCAAAUGGGAGAAAACCCUAAAUUCAGGAUUUAGUGUAAAGGGUUUUAGCAAUGGAGAUGUUUAUGAGGGUGAAUUUCAUAAGGGUAAGUGUUCAGGAAGUGGGGUCUACCACUAUUAUUUGUGUGGGAAAUUUGAGGGUGAUUGGGUAGAUGGGAAGUAUGAUGGUUAUGGAGUUGAAACAUGGGCAAAAGGGAGUAGAUAUAGGGGUCAAUAUAGGAAUGGAUUAAGGCAUGGAAUUGGGAUUUAUAGGUUUUUUACUGGGGAUGUUUAUCAAGGUGAAUGGUCUAAUGGUCAAUCUCAUGGUUGUGGGAUUUACUCUUCUCAAGAUGGUAGUAAGUAUGUUGGUGAAUUCAAGUGGGGUGUUAAGCAUGGAUUUGGUUAUCAUCAAUAUAGAAACGGAGAUUUGUAUGCUGGUGAAUACUUUGCUGAUAAGAUGCAUGGUUUUGGAGUUUACAAAUUUGGCAAUGGACACCAAUAUGAGGGUUCCUGGCAUGAGGGCAGAAGGCAUGGGCUAGGUGUUUACACUUUCAGAAAAUGGGAAGCUCAAUCUGGUUACUGGCAAAAUGGGCUUCUUGUCAAGGCUAGCUGUCAAACUCAACUGCCUGACUCCCCUUUUUCAGCUUACCCUUGCAAAGUUUCUAUUGCUAUCCAGAAAGCAAGGCAAGCAUCUGAAAGAGCAUAUAAGGUGAAAUCAGUAGAUAACAGGGUGAACAAAGUUGUAGCGGCUGCUAAUAGAGCAGCUAAUGCAGCGCGAGUGGCUGCUGUGAAAGCUGUUCAAACAAGGAUGCAUAAAGGAAUUGACAGUAAAACAUCGCUUCAAUGUGUCUGAUUAAACUCCUCAUUAAACACAACAGGCCAGCACUUGAAUUUUCUGGAGGAUCAGAAUUCAAUUCCCAAAUUGAUAUCCUUGCUUCUCAAAUGCUGUUUGAUUUUCAUACUUCGCCUCCAUACUAGAAAAGAGAAUGAGAACUGCUUUUUACUACAAUCAGUAAAAGCAGAUGUAGAUGAUCAAAAAGGUCAAAUCUCAAUCUUUGUAGCUUGUAAACCAAAAUGUACAUAGCUGAAUAUUAGUGAUGUUCUGGAAAUGGCACCGAAGGUGCUGAAGGCUAGGCCAUCAUUUUUGUAGUAGUUGUAGCUUUUACUUGAAUAGUUGGUGUAUGAUCAUUGUUCAGGAACAGCAGCUAUAUAUCAUUUAUCCAUAUAGCCUGCUUCAACUUGUAAAAAAUUUGCCUGUCUAUUCAAUCUAUUCCAGCAUCAAGUCUUGUUUACGUCUGAUUCAGCAUUAAAAAAAUACUUCGUAGCAUAUAAGCUUUACUUGUAUAUUCAUUCUCUAGUUUAUUACAGGAAAAAUCAAGGCUUUCAAUCAAAUUAUCAACCUUUAGCUGGUAAAUAAUGUAUUAUCAUUAAGACAGACUACUGUUGAGGAAUGAUCCUUGACAAUAUGCCUUUUGUUGACCUGAGCCUUAAAGGAUCAUAAAAAAAAA